ACGAGAGUACUGAUUUUAAAAGAAAAGAAAAGAAAAAUGAAGUCGGUAUUGCAGGAUUUACCGAAGGCGGGAGAGAAUAGUAAUACGGAACCACUAUUGCCAAAGAGUACGAUAGAUGUUUUUUAUGAUAAGGAUUGCCCAGGUUGCAGAAUGGACCUUCGCAAGGAAACAUGUUUAGGAGCACCUUACAAAGAAUUACUCUAUAUUUGGAUUAUCGCAUUAUGUGUUGGUCUUCCAAUAUCAUCAUUGUAUCCAUACCUAUAUUUUCUGGUAAAAGACUUCAAUGUCACAAAAAGGGAUGAAGAUAUUGGAUACUAUGCAGGAUGUGUAGCAUCUGCUUACAUGCUUGGAAGAGGUUUAACUUCGGUGUUAUGGGGAGCUGUAGCAGACCGAUAUGGUCGAAAACCAGUUAUAAUCUUCUGCUGUACAACAAUGGUUAUUUUGACCACAUUGUUUGGUCUCAGUACAAACUUUUGGAUGGCAGUUCCUAUCAGAUUACUUCUUGGGGCAUCCAGUGCAAUAUUUGGUCCAAUUCAGGCUUAUGCUACCGAAGUUUGCCGAGAAGAACAUCAAACUUUGGCCCUUUCGUUCACUAGUUCAGCAUGGGCAAUAGGGAUGAUAAUUGGUCCUGCUAUGGGAGGUUUCCUUGCCGAGCCCGCAGUGAAAUAUCCGAAUAUAUUUACGAAGGAUUCGCUGUUUGCAAGACUUCCGUACUUCUUACCAUGCCUCUGUAUAUCUAUAUGGACAGCAGCUGCAACUAUUGCUUGUUUAUGGCUUCCGGAAACAUUGCACAAGCAUAAGGAAAGCAAUGAAGAAUCUCACGGAACCGGUAUCACUGAAAAGAGACAAGACAGCGAUGAGAUAGGAUCAACAAAAUCAGAAAACCUUUUCAAGAAUUGGCCUUUAAUGUCAUGUAUUGUCGUGUAUUGUGUUUUCUCACUUCACAAUAUGGCCUACAGUGAGAUUUUCUCAUUAUGGGCUGUGAGUCCUAAAAAGUAUGGUGGAUUGAACUAUAGCACUGACAAUGUCGGAGAAGUUCUUUCAGUCACCGGUGCCGGGCUUUUCCUGUUUCAACUUGCAAUAUUCCCAAAGGUUGAAAGGAUCCUAGGACCCCUCAAAGUAGCUCGAGUUUGUGCGGUUUUAUCUAUUGUGGUUCUGGCAAGUUACCCUUCCAUAUCUAAACUCUCCGGGACAAGCCUUUUAUUGUGUAUAAAUAUUGCAUCACUUCUGAAGAGUAUUUUAUCUACAUCUAUCUUCACUGGGUUUGUCAUCCUACAAAACAGCACAAUUUCUCAGAGCCAAAGAGGAGCUGCAAAUGGAAUUGCAUCAACUGCAAUGUCUCUGUUCAAAGUAUUUGGUCCAGCUGGUGGUGGUAUCCUCUUUUCAUUGGCGGAAAAGCGUAUGAAUGCUUCCUUUCUACCUGGUACCGAUUUGAUUUUCUUCAUCCUGAAUGUAAAUUUGGUGAUUGGACUAGUCAUGACUUUCAAACCAUUUCUCGUACUCCCUCAACGAGUCAGAUCAGAUUGACGACAGGUCGGGAACAACAGACGAGUGUAUGUUGUAUAUAUUUUGCAGUUCAGAUUUAUAUGCUAAGAACUAAAGAACUAAUUGAAGGUCAAACUAGCAGAUUGGAGUUUCAUUGUGUUUGUUGUGAGUAACUUAGAGAAGACAGACGUGGCAUGUAUUGUUGAUAGCAAAUGGAACAAAUUCUAGGAUCUUGUUGAUAGAGAUCGAAACAAGAUAAUUGUGGUCAUAGUCUUUUAUGUGCUAGUAUAUUUUUUUGAUGGAAAGACAGAAAUAUAUUGAUAAAAAGGAAAAUUACAUCUGCAGAGGGGUGACUUUUGACCCAAUCCGACCGAGUUCAGAGAAUACAGACAGGCGUUGGGCAUAGAUGAAGAUUUGCGAGUCCAUGUGGAUAGUAUGUCUACUGCAGUGUUAACUUUGAUAGCAGGGGUGCUGCUUGUGGUUUUAGUCAAUUUUCCCUUAAACAUUGUGUUGUUUUCACGGGCCAUAAUGAUAGAUGAUCAUUUGCAAGUGA